AUGGACGCGCGCAAGCAGGGCCGCCCCGAGGAGGAGCUCUUCCUGCGAUACGACACCAACCCGGAGACACCCAUCAUCCCUACCGUCGGGCCCCUGAGGAUACAGAAAGGCCGCGAUGGCAAGAGCCCGCCGCCACGAACAGAUUCCGCGGGCAGCUCCAGCCAGCCCGCAUUCUCGCGCCCGCCGCCUAUGCCCUCGUUCCCCGCACCCCCCUCGAGCCCUCCUACUGCCCCUCUGCCUUACCCGGACAAUGACCGCCCGCCCAAUCUUCAGCCUACCCUCGGCACCGGAAGAUACACACCCCUCAGCGAGCGCGAGAGACGGAGCGCAAACACGACGCCUGCUGAAGGAAGAGAAGAACCGAGGAGAGGGUCGAAUGCGACCGGGCCCAGUCCCACUUCGCCCGGUCAGCGCGCUCGCUUCGAGGCCAACGACCCAAACAGGCCGACGAUAGCUGGUUACGGCAGCAGGCACCCAGACGGCUCAGUCCAGCCCUCGAGACUCGCAGAGCGACGAGGAACUGCGCCAAAGCCCCUUCCAGACUCACCCGGUCCAGACACGCCUGACAAGGAGGGGCUGUUCCAGAAGGCGCCUCAGAGGCAGCACACUGGAGAUGCGCCUGCCAACAGCAACCCAUAUCCCGAGUACCACCAGCAGUACUUUCCCCCUCCUAGUGCACAGUCCUCGUCACAACCUGCGCAGAACAAUGUCGUCUACACAGGACCCAACCAAGAUGAGCCUGCGCUCAAAGUGCCCACGCCAGUCGGCGUCAACCGCCUAAGUUCCACGGCUUCAACCUCGACAGUAAGGGCGCAGCGGGGCUCGCCUCCACCUCCAGAGACACCCAUCAUCCCUCCUUCCGCAGGCGGCAUUGAAGCGCGCUUUGCCGCAGCAGGCAUCGCAGGAACCUCAACCCUCACCAAUUUACAAGCCCAGAGUGCCCAUAAUGCAGCAGCCGCCCAGCGAAAUCAGGUUUAUGCCAACCAACAGCCCAUAAGAAGACCAUGGACUCCCACCGAGCAGCCAGGCAACAUGCCGCAUGGUCCACCAGCAGUGUACCAAGGUAUGGAUCAGGUACCUCCAUCAAGCACGCCUCCCCAGGGCCCUCUCCCGCAAGCGCCAAACACGCGCUUCUCACCCCCUCCUGCAAAUGCAUCCCAGACAAACGCAUCCCCGGAUCAUCCUCUGAGCCAGGACAUGGGCCGCAUGAACUUGAAUGAGGAGCCACCGCCUGCCUACUCGAGCAUAACGACCCCGCCAACUGGCCAAGCCCAAAGCUAUCCCAAUGAGAAAGGACAGCAGCCAGCUGCUCAAGGCGUGGCGCUGUCUGAUCCCAACCAGGGUCACCCUGCAUUCGCAAACGAUGCGCGCCCGCAGGCUGGACCAUCGCAACCUGCAGCAGCGGUAGUAGCCCCAACACCCACACAGAACCAGUUCCCGCCGCAGGCACAAACGGCUCAACCAGUUCAUACGCCAAGCCCGGCUCCAGCCCAAGGGCCAGGGCCAGGACCAGCAUCUCCCCCACCACUCCCUGAGGGUUGGAUAGCACAUCUCGACCCCAACUCUGGUCAGUACUACUACAUCCAUCUUCCCACUCAAUCUACGCAAUGGGAGUUUCCCAAGGGACCCACGCCUCUCAAUCUGAACGAGCCCAUGUCGCCUACAGGCACGUUUGUUGGUGGUCCUUUGGCAUCCCCAUCUUUUGGAAAGACUCCUAUGGCGUCGCCUGGCUUUGCUCCCCAGACGGCUACUUUUCCUGGAGAUUUUGGCAUGGCACCCCUUGCAACUCCAACUACCACGGGUUUCACUGGACCACCUCCCGCUGCAGGUGUAGACCAGUACAAAGUAGCUCCUACCAAUGGCGUAUACUUUGGGCCGUACCUAAGGUAUACGAACAUGGACGUUGAGCGAGGGUUAUGGCUGGGAUCAAUUCUUCUCAUUACCAACACCCCACAUCCUCCUACAAUUCAUAUCCACCAGAGUACAGAUCUGUCACCCAACCCACGACAGCUCAAGGCCAACCCAAUUUACACGCACCAAACAUGGAUCUUCUACAGAUACGACAUUGACUUGAAGAUGGAAGACGACCGUGCAGCCAAGUGGACCUACGCAAUCACAUCACACUUGGGGUGCACUCGAUUUGAGUUCUUGGUAGCUGGGCGACAUGAGACCAGCUGGAGGUUUAUUGCUCAUUCAGGAAACGAUUUUGCACUCAAUGUUAACGCCAACGAGCGAGCAAGACUCGGUGGGGUUGGAUUGAUGUGGAAGGACAUUCUGCAAAAGAACGCCGAGUGCGGUGGCUUCCAUGUACAACUAGGCCUGGGCGGUCAGAUUUAUGCUGACCGCCUGUGGAAAGAGCUUCCAUUGUUGAAGCAAUGGACGGCAACAAGUGGUAAAGAGGUCCGGAAGAACGCAGCGUGGACCGCGAAGCACGAGGAAGACGUUUGUCACGCAUACUUCCACUAUUACACCAGCCAUUUUGAUCAGCCACAUCUCCGAGAGGCAUUUGCUCAAAUUCCCCACAUUCUAGCUCUUGACGACCACGACAUCUUUGAUGGCUUCGGGUCGUAUCCUGAACACAUGCAGUUUUCCAACAUGUUCAAGAACAUUGGAAGAUUGGGUAUUGAAAUGUACUUGCUUUUCCAGCACCACACAACACUCGAAAUACUCCGUAAUGUAAACAACGACAUGGACCUUUUUACGAUAACCGGUACAGGUUGGCACUUUAUCAAGUACCUGGGUCCUUGUGUCACAGUUGUUGGCCCAGACUGCCGCUCAGAACGUAACCCGCAUCAAGUCAUGGCAGGACCAACGUAUCAGGGCAUCUUCCCCAAGGUGGCAACAUUACCGCCCAGUGUGCAACACUGUAUCUGGAUGAUCCCUGUUCCCAUUGUAUAUCCCCGCCUUGAGUCUGUUGAGCAUCUUGCGCACUCGAUGGCCACAGGCAAGAAAGCUGUCACUGGUACUUUCAACAUGCUUGGAAAGGUGACUGCUGGAGUGGCUGGUGUUGUUGGUGCCAAGAGUGUUGUCGGAGAUGGUUUCAACUCGGUCAAGAAGGCUAUCGGCAAGUCUGGGCUGAUGAGUGGCGUCUUGAGUCCGUUUGGAGAGAUUGAUUUGCUCGAUGAAUUGAGAGAUCAGUGGACGCACGAUUCAAAGGACCUUGAGCGGACAUAUCUGAUCCGGACACUGCAAGGCAUUGCUCACAACAAGUCGUUGCGGAUGACAUUCUUCUCUGGCGGUGUUGACUGCUGUGGCGCGGGUCUAGUUCAUGACCCUUCAAGACCCCAGGACCACAAGACCAUGUACCAGAUUAUCUCCUCUUCAGUCGUGAACGCACCGCCCAGCAAUUACGUCCUGCGACUUCUACACAACAACCGUGCGCUCUAUGUUCCACAGAAUGCACAGCGCAGUAACAAUCAGCCUUCGGACACCAAGGAAGACAUGAUGGAAAUCUUUACGCAAGACGUCAAUGGACAACCACGGGAGUACAAGCGACUGAUGGGUCGAAGAAACUAUGUGGCGUGUGUGAUAUACGAUCCUGAUGUUGUGAAUGGGUCGUUUGGGCAAGGUGUUCCCGGUCACAGCGGGGGCAAGUUAAGUCUGGCGGUCGACUUUAUGGUGCAGAAUGAGGGUGGAUACAGUGCGCCGAUGAAGUACGGACCAGUGAUUGUACCGAGCCUGGAAUACGGAAGAUAGAUAAGGAGGUGGUGAUUGCUUUAUUUGAGUACUCUUGUCUGUUUAGUAGUAGGCAUGCAUAGCAAGCGAUGUUUAUGGCUUAGGGAAUAUGUGCUUUGAAGAAAUUCUAAUGAAACAUACAAUAGAAUGAUAAAUAAAAAAAAGUAAGGAU